CCACUACCAGCAGUUUCUCAAGUGUCAGUGGAGCUUUAUGCAGAAAAUACAGAUUGUCACCAUGACCGCGGGGAGCCGGUGGGUGAGCGCCCUUCUUGUGCUGUAUUUGUGGAUCCCAGCUGCUGUGUCUUUACUUAUCCCGCCGCACAAUGAGACAGCUCGGGUGGCCCGUUUCGUGGCACAUCACUGUGACUGGGGAGCACUGGCCACCAUCUCCAGCCAUGCGCCGGUCACUGGGCAGCCCUUUGCGAACGUGUUCUCCGUGAGUGACGGGCCUUUCCGGGGAAGCACCGGGGUGCCCUACAUGUACCUCACCGACAUGGAGAUCUCAGUGCAGGACCUGCAAGUGAACCCAAACGCCUCUCUUACAUUGUCUUUGGCCCAGACUCAUUACUGCAAAAAUAAGGGCUACGACCCACAGAGCCCACUGUGUGCCCACAUUAUCCUCUCAGGAAGUAUUCAGAAGGUGAACGGGUCAGAGACUGACAUAGCGAAAGUGGCAUUGUUCAGCCGUCACCCUGAGAUGGUUGACUGGCCUCAUGACCACAAUUGGUUCUUUGCCAAACUGAACAUCACCAACAUCUGGGUACUGGACUAUUUUGGAGGCAUCAAAACGGUCACUCCUGAAGAUUACUACAAUGCUAAGCCCUGAAAACCUGAAGCUUAAAAUAUUGGAAUUAUUGAAGAAAACCAGCAGAUAAUACCACCUUAUUUUUUUUAAUCUUAUAUAGAGGUCGAUUAACAAUCCUGUAGAGAAACUUUAUCUGCAAAAAUCCCCAUAGAUUGUCAUGGUGACUUUCUGUAGAAAAUCAUUAGAUACCUUUUUUUUUAUUGCUAUAGGUGUAUUAAAGUCAUAUUUUAUUUGUUGCCUCUAAGAUAUGGCAUUUGAAAAUGUAUUCUAGUUGUGUUUUGGGUGGGGGGGGGAUGCUUUUAUGCUGAGGAUGGGACGUUUUCACUAAUAGCGAGUUCUACCAUAUGAUCCAAUUAGCUUCUAUUUAACAGACCAGUUUCACACAAAUACGUAAACCACUUUCAUUUCCCUUUUUUAUGCAAAAAUAUUUUAUUGCACAAUCGUUUUUUAGUAUGUUCCUUUAGUACGUUUUUCAUGUUAGUUAUUAUUUUAGCCACAAUGCUGCAAAUAAUGUAUUUGUUUUUGGCUGCUUCUCAUUGCUUCCUAAUCACAUAGGAGGAGCCGGCCCAUUUUUAGUUCAUACCCUGUCACAUUUAGCCACCAAUCAACAAGUGCUACCCAGGUGCUGAACCAAAAUGGGCCGGCUCCUAAGCUUAGAUUCUUGCCUUUCAAUUAAAGAUAGCAAGAGAAUGAAGAAAAUGUUAUAAUAGGAGUAAAUUAGAAAGUUGCUUUAAAUUGAUUGCGCUAUCUGAAUCAUGAAAGGAAAAAAAAAUUGGAUUUAGUGACCCUUUAACAGAAGUGGCUUACAAAAUUUUACAUUUGUAUUAAAAUGGAAUUCACUUUCAUUAAAAACAAAUCCCAGUUGUGUGUUAAGGGACAGGAAAUUUUCUUUCAUUAUUUGGAUAGAGCAUACAGUUUAAAACAACUUUCCAAUUUACUUCUGUUAUCAAGUUUGCUUCAUUCACUUGUAAUUCUUUGCUGAACAUAGUAGAUGAGGUUGAAAAAAGACACUGAAAAAGGUGACCCAUUUAAUACUAGCAAUCGUAUCCAUGAAUUUUGUUUCUAGAUAGAAAUGUAUCCAAACUAUUUUUAAAUGUAUCUAGGGUAUUGGCAUUCACUACCUCCUUUGGUAAUAAGUUCCACAAUUUUAUUGCUUUUACAGUGAAAACAUUUUUCCAUUGCAGGAGAUUAAAUCUCCUUUGCUCCAACCUUAAAUUGUGACCUCUUGUGACAAACAAUUUUCUUGGAAGAAA